AUGAGCCAGAAACACUUUAAGCAGCGGGAUUACAGGGGUGCAACUGUCGAGGACUUGGAUAUCAAGCCCGCCAUAUCAAUAAACCCAACCACGUCUCUUGAUGAAGCACUUGAGAUCUCCUUUGAGCAUGAAUUUUCGUAUUUGCCAGUGAUCCACGAAUCCAACAAACAGCUUUUGGGCAUUUUUGAAGUGGAAAAGUUGAAGACAGACAAGGAAAAGCGCUCUCGUGACUUCUUAAAGCCCAUUGUGAGCAACUACAUGUUAUGGUUUAACCAGAAAGCUCGAGAGAAUUACGGUCGCCAGUCUCGUCCCGAAGCAUCUUCGACGAAAUUGAGAACAGCACCUCAUAGCACCAUCAAGAAACCAAAAAGCAAAGGCAAGCACUUUGAUAUAAUUACUCCCGACACCCCUCUUGAAAAAUUGGCCGAUUUUUUCAAUUCUGGGGUCUACUUUGCCAUAAUUACCAAUGGAGAAGGCACCAUUGUAUAUGGUGUAGCAACCCCCGAAGACUUAGAGAAGUUUGAGAAGGCCAGGCCGAAGUUGUAG